GCCUUGAAUCGAGAUGACAUGACGUCAUCGUGAAUAUAGCGGUGUAGCAGAGAGUGUGCGCCCAUACUGUAAUUCACACAGCGCUCGUGCCGACCCUCCAUCCUCAAUUACUGCAGUCAUGUCUGACUUCACAGAGGACCAGAUCUGUGAGUUUAAGGAAGCCUUCCUCCUGUUUGACCGAACAGGAGAUGGGAAGAUCAUGUACAAUCAGUGUGGGGAUGUGAUGCGUGCUCUGGGGCAGAACCCUGUCAAUGCGGAGGUCCUUAAAGUUUUGGGAAACCCCAGUAAUGAAGAUAUGAACAUGAAAAUGUUGGACUUCGAGCAGUUCCUUCCCAUGCUGCAGGCCAUCGCUAAGAACAAGGAUCAGGGUUCCUUUGAGGACUUUGUGGAGGGGCUGCGUGUGUUUGACAAAGAGGGAAAUGGAACGGUGAUGGGCGCUGAGCUACGACAUGUCCUAACCACACUGGGUGAGAAGAUGACAGAGGAAGAGGUGGAGACGCUGCUGGCAGGACAUGAGGACGCUAAUGGCUGCAUCAGUUAUGAAGCAUUUGUACGCCACAUUAUGGCUGGUUGAGGAGAGGAACUCGUAAGGAUGGUCAUGAGCGGUUGAAGAAAUCAAACACAUUUAUUUUAUUUUUGUCCGUCAGACCCCCCCCCCCCCCCCCCCAUGUAUGUGAUUCUUCAUUUCAAUUCUAGCUUUUUUUUUUUUCCUUAAGUGCCUUUUAUCAUAUUUCUGGAGAAUUAUGGCUCAUUUCAUUCCAAAAGCUUCCACUGGUGUUCAUAGGUUUGCUUGAAUACCUCCCAUUCAGCCAUUCAUUCCAGCAGUUCAUGUAUUCAGCCCCUGUUUGUCUUAAACUGUGAGGGACAUUUUGAUUGGCUCUUAAUUGUAGUUUUUUUUUUUUUUUAUUAACCCAUUGUCUAAAUGUUUGUAAGUCAUUUGACAUCCCUCUUUAUUGUCUGCUGUGUGUCAUAAUAAAUAUUCCGAGGGAUCUUUGAUUUAGUUGAUUUGUGUGUGUCAGAGCUGGGAGUGUGGGUGUACUGUAUGUGUGUAUGUGUGUAUGUGGGAGUGUGGGUUGCCUUGUAGGGCAUUGUUGUACCAACCACUUCCAUUUUAGUAUAGUUCUCUCCCAAUACACACAAUACAAGACAAUGCCAAAUUAGGAGUAUGAGAAGGUAUUUGAAUGUGCUGGCUGGGGAAACUCUCAUUGCCUACAUAUUUUAGUGGGCCUGUGUUUAGAAGACGAGUGGAAUCACUAAACAAAACUUAAAGGACUAUUUAGACAUUGAUGGUAUCUAAAAGAACACCUUGUGUUCUUCAACCACAGCACGUUGCAAGUGUGAGGGAGCAUGCGAACAGAAAGAAAUGCUUCUGAACGGCUGUUGUGUGGUCCAUAGUGUUGCAUAAUACCCUUUUUAAACUUGGUCAAUGAACGUCGAUUGUGAUUGGCUGUCAAUGUUUACUUUGUUUUAUCAUCCAUUAUUGAUCUGAUGGUGAUUGUAAUGUCAUCUGUCGUUAUUGUUGAGGCCUGUUCAUACCACACUGUUUAACAAUGAUAAGGAAGCCUGUUUCAGCCACAGAAUUAGAGAGAUAUAAACAGAACUGUUAGGAAAAAAUAUUUUUGAGAUAUGAACUCCGAAUUCCAAUUCAUUUUCUCGCAAUGUUGAGUUUAUAUCUCAUAAUUCUGAUUUAUUAUUCCACAGAAUAUUCGAAAAGCUGUUAUCUGUUAUAGCUAUUCAGAUAUUUUAUUCUAUCCUUUAAAGAUAUAUCUAUUAUCUGUAGAUUAUAUCUAGUCUAUAGUUUACGUCUUGCAAUUAUGUUUUUGUUUCCCACCACAGAUUAAAAAAUAAAAAAGGAAGCAAAUCUU